AAUCCUCCUCACAAAGGAAGAAAAUUUAUAAGUAGAAAACAAAAUUUGAUCUCUUUUCUUCUGCAGGGUUUUUGUGAUUAUCUUAUUCGAUCGAUUUCUACCUCUCUCUUCGUUUACAAAUCCUUUUUGUGUUAUUAUUUGUCGGUCUGGAUCUUCUUCGAUGGCGAAACUGAGACACUCGCGAUUUCAAGGGAGGAAAUGGUCGACAUUGAUGCUGGUUCUGUUCAUGCUUUUCAUGUUAACGGUGGUUCUCUUGAUGCUUUUGGCAUUUGGGGUUUUCUCUCUUCCAAUUAAUAACUACGAUGAAUCUUCUCCAGUAGAUCUCUCUUAUUUCAGACGAGCUGCAACUGAGAGAAGUGAGGGACUUGGGAAGAGAGGAGAUCAGUGGACUGAAGUGCUUUCUUGGGAACCCAGGGCUUUCGUCUACCACAAUUUCUUGUCGAAGGAAGAAUGUGAAUAUUUAAUCAGUCUUGCCAAACCACAUAUGGUGAAGUCAACUGUUGUAGAUAGCCAAACCGGGAAAAGCAAAGAUAGCAGGGUGCGAACUAGCUCAGGAACUUUCCUUAGGAGAGGAAGGGACAAAAUCAUUAAGGCCAUUGAGAAAAGAAUUGCAGACUACACCUUUAUCCCAGCAGAUCAUGGUGAAGGACUCCAAGUUCUUCACUACGAAGAAGGGCAAAAGUAUGAACCACACUAUGAUUACUUUGUCGACGAGUUCAACACUAAGAAUGGAGGUCAACGGAUGGCGACAAUGCUUAUGUAUCUGUCGGAUGUCGAAGAAGGCGGUGAAACUGUGUUUCCUGCUGCCAAUAUGAAUUUUAGCUCUGUACCAUGGUUUAAUGAACUCUCCGAGUGUGCGAAGAAGGGACUUUCUGUAAAGCCGAGAAUGGGCGAUGCAUUGCUCUUCUGGAGCAUGAGACCCGAUGCUACACUAGAUCCUUCAAGCUUGCAUGGUGGAUGUCCUGUGAUUAGAGGGAACAAGUGGUCAUCUACCAAAUGGAUGCAUGUUGGCGAGUACAAAAUCUAACGUGUUUGAUUGCUGGACAGUAUACUGUUUCCUUGAUGAUGGAUGAGUUGCAAUGUCGUAACCAAAAAUUGCAGAGAGAGUUGAAGAUGUUUGUUCGUUUAACUGCGGCUCAGGGUAUUGUUCAGAACCAUUCUUUGUUUUGAUGGGAUUCAGAGGUUUAUAUAUCAUUAGAGAAUACCAAAAGAUAGAAUCGUUAGACUGAAUUAGGAUGGCUUAGAGAGACCAUUGGUAUACGAGCCAUAAAGUUUGUCAUUGAACAGAAGAAGAUGUGAAUUACUUAAUUUUGAAUUUUGUCGUGUCCUCUAUUUUGUGUGUGAUUACUGAUUAGAACAUUAUAGUCAAAUAAGAAAACUGCCAUCUUAAUAUGAAA